CGAAGAUCAAUCUUUAGGUGCAUUACAUACAUUGGUGUCCAGUCUAACAUCACAAAGCUGAAUUGACGGGAGGGUCCAAUACGAAGUACUGCCUCGGCGCCAGCACACCAAGGCAAGGAUGACGUAGAAUCAACGCGACCGUUCCCCCAAAGCACGCGGCAAUUGGCGGUCCAUCCAACCAACACACUUCAAGUCUCAGCUGCACCUUUGACGUGUCGGACGGCAGUUGUUCAAUACAUUGCGGGGAACCGCAAGCCUCAUGCUAUAAACAGCCAUGAGAGCCGAGGACUAUAAAGUGCCGAUGCCGCCUUCCGAGGAGGCAGCCAUGUCGACAUCUUCAACACCCCAUAGACGGAUUUGGAGGAGUUCAACACUCUUUCAUCGCAUUCUGGUUGUACUGUGUAUUGCUGCGCUCUACAUGAUCAAUUCGACAUCGCGGAAAAUGUCCUAUGCGGACGCUGAUCUGUCACAGUAUACCGAAUCGAUAUUCAUUCCAUACAUCUACAAGUUCAGCCCGAAACAUGUACCACAAAUCCAGACGACAAUCAAGGAUGCGGAUAUUGAGAUGCCCGUGGACACCGGAAGUACCAUGACGCUGAUCGGUGCGCCCAUUCUCUCCAGUGUCGACAGAAGCAUAGGAACGCCAGCGCAUCACUUCUUCACUAGCAGCAAGAUCUUGUACGUGGGUCGUCUUGUGGAGCUUCCGAUCACGUUCCACGGAGAGGCUGGCUCGCAAGCUAUCGCGAAGGUGCCGAUCCUCGUAGUCGACAAAAGCUGGACAUGUCCGUGGUAUGAUCCGAGCACGCCAGCAGGUCGGUUUGAGUGCCCUCGUGGGCCCAAUGGAGAGGAGGCUCUUGUACGCGACACGUCAAAGAUAACAUACAUGGGUGUUGGCUUCGGUAGAAAUGGGCCAAAAGACGGUAUGCCGUAUGCUUCACCGAGGGUGAAUGCAUUCUUGAACAUUCAGUCGAUCAACGGGCGAAUGAUACCGCCCAAUUUUAUGCGACUGGGCUAUGCGAUCUCAACGCAGGGUGUGCAUCUUGGCUUGACGCAAGCGGUCGUGAAAGGGUUUCAAUUCACAGGCCUCGAGCCUGGGUUGACACACGACGAGGACCCAAGAGACUGGGCCAUGGCUAAGAUGUGCUUCAGCAUCGAUGGCAGAGGGAGGCAUUGUGGUCCUGGGCUUGUCGAUACAGGCAUCUCCCAAAUGUACAUUCGAGCCGAGGAAGGCUUCACAAUACCGAAUGUGACGAUUCGAAACCCGAAUCUCAAUGGCAGAGCGAAGAUGGUGAAACGAGUCAAGCCUGGCACGAGGCUGUCCAUUGGCUUCCCCUCGUUAGAGGACUCUGCGAUGUCGUACUCCUUCGCGGUUGGUGAUGGCUCGCAGGUAGAGCCCACGUACGUCUUUCCAGAAACGUCUUUGCGACCACCGUACGUUAACACCGGGAGGAACUUCCUCUGGGGCUGCUCGAUAGCCUUCGACGCAGCCGAUGGGCGGUUUGGCUUCCGGCCUGUAGAUGGCACAUCCAGUGCUCAUCUGUAAUGUAGUAACCAGUUCCAGCCUGGACCAUGUGUUUAACUUCUUCCUCUUUGCUUUGGAGGAUUCAAAUCCAAUCCCUCCACGCUUAUCCCAAGUCCAUUCCCUUUACCCAGUCGGUCUAGUCAUUUGACAGUCAGACUGCGCAUGGGGCUUUUCGAUCCCUCCCUCAAUACUCUGUACUCCUCAACUGCCUUCACAAUGACCAUGUGCGCCUGCUCGCCGUUUAGGCCGACGACGACAAUGGCACCGACACAGCCUUCUACGCCCUUCACAAGGGCAGGGUAUCCACCUCCUUCAAUCGUGUACUUCG